CAGGAAAUAGGGAAAAAAACUGAACCUUAUCUCUUACCUCUCCCUCACAAUGUGAGCUCUCCUUGUCCAUAGGAGGCGUGUUCCACAUCUUUCUUCUCUUCCCCAAGCCGAAGGGAAGAAACCCUUUCUCCUCUCUUCUCCAGCCAGCCUACUCCCUCCUCCCUUCCUUCCCCACUCCUCCCCAGGUGCCUCCUUGCUGCACCACGCCCUUCACCACCUCCAUGGUUGCCCUUUGAUUUAGGGCUUUGAGGAAGAAGGAAAGGAGACAAGAAGAGGGGGAACAAGAAAGCUUCCCCAACUUUUCCCUUCACCAAAUCUUUGUGUUUUGACCAUAGAGGUACAUCACUGUGAGGCUUUGCAAGUAUUAGGAAGGGCGUAGCUCCCAUGGGUGUCCACUCACACUUUUCAUACCCAUUCCAUCCACCUAGCUGAUCAUGAUAACUCUCAUACUUAGUUUAUGAUCGAUUCUUGGUAGCUAGGAUCUACUUGAGGUGUAUAAACUUUGCCUUGGUUUGUUUCCAUGAUCACUAUGUUGACCUGUCAAGGUGGGUUGGAGUUGACUAGUCCCCACCUUGCACCAUGGUGUGUUGGAACGUCUGUUUCCUUUUGCUAUGUGUAGCAUAACGGUUGGUGGCUUCACCACUUUGCUCUACAUGGGUUGUAGGAGCCUGUUGGAUGCUUCUGCUUGUGAUAUUAUGAAUAUAUGCUCUGUUUAUUCAACUGCCUGUCGUGGAUGUCCGACGGUACAAAGGAGGUGCUGCCGGAUUUUCCCACAAGCAUUGUGUUUUGGUGGUAACAUUCCUUCUUACAAGGAGGGGUGUUAUAGUUGGUAUCAGUUAAGCUCUAUCUUUGCUAUACAUGCGUAAGCAUGUAUACCAACGAAAGAUCCUAGGACCUUUCAAAUGCUUGCUUGCUAGAUAUAAUUGUUUACUUGUUAGUGUAAAACAAAAUUGACGAGGGCGUCAAUUCUGUUGAGAUUGGGUGAGAUACCCCAAUUCUCUUACUAGUAUGUUGUCAGGUUCUUUCUAAAUAAAAAAAUCUUGAUUAGAGGGUUAAAAAAACAUGACACACUGGUGCACAAUAGGAACGAUCUCUUUAGUUAGAUACUUGCAAGCCUUGUUCUAUGUGCAUAGAUUGCUUGUUGUGUUUUCUAAUGCAUAUUAAGCAGUCUGGUGUUCGAGUAGUACUCGUUUCUGUGUCUCCUGGGUUUAUAUUUCAAUUAAUCCAGUGUCAAGUAUGAGCUUGUAUCUUUACCCGUCCAUAUUCUACCUUUUUAUUUCUUUGGUUGAUUGGGUAAUCUUCUUGUGUUCCUUAGAUGCCUAGGGGUAAAGCUGGUAGAAACCAAGUUCCACCCACUCGGUGGAAAACAGCAGCUGGUGCUAACCCCCAAGGUCGUGGUCGCAGGAGUGCCCAACCUGUAGCUGAGGAGAGUGGUGAGGGAUCAGUGGCAGCUAAUGAUGUUGCUCCGCCACCUCAAGCUGAGUUGCGUGAGUUGAUGCAAGAACUCCACACACUUCGACAGCAAGCUCAAGCCCAAGCCACAACUCUUGCACCUGCCAAUGCCUAGGGCAUGAUGAAUGAGCCAUUUGGCUCAAGACAAGUCAAUCCUCUUCUCACUUGGUCUAUGGUACACUCUGACACUUUUAAUGGGACUGGGACUCCUGUAGUGGCAGCUGAUUGGUUGCGCAUCAUGGAGCAACGCCUUGAGGUCAUGCAAGUGCAACCAGCCCAAAAGGUGAUGUUUGCUACUAUUCAGCUAAAGGGCAAUGCAGACAUCUGGUGGGAGAAUGUUCGUUCCUCUUUACCACCAGAGCAUGCCACACCUACUUGGGAGUUCUUUCGAACUCAAUUCAUUGAGAAGUACUAUCCGGCUUCCUAUGUAGAGAGGAUGGAGAAUGCACUAAGCAAGUUAAGGCAAGGAAACAAAACAAUACAGGAUUAUGAAACUGAGUUCAACGAUAUUAUCCGCUUUGUGCCAACAGUGGUUAAUAAUGAUAAAGAGAAGGCAAGGAGGUUCAAGGAUGGGCUAGAGCAGCAGUAUCGUGUUGUGCUCAGUGCUGCUGUGUCCUCUAGCUUUGCUUCCUUGGUUGAGAAUGCCAAAAAGAUAGAGUUCGAGCUGCAGAAUGGCUCACCUCCUCCAAUCAUAUCUUCCCCACCCGGUGGCCCCAGUAAUUUCUCUACUGCGGGUGCCAACCAAAAGCAAGACUAUGGUGAUAGCGGCAAGUCUAACCGCCGCCCAAUGAAGAAGUUUAAGAAUGUCCAGCCUACCCCCCAGCCCUUCAAGCAGAAGUCGCAGAAGGCCUCAUCCUCUGUUGGACCGCGUGUGCAAUAUCGUCCAAUGCCUGGGCAAGGGAUGAUGUGUUUCAAGUGUGGCGAAGGCCAUAGAGCUAAUGAGUGCAAUUGGACCGGUGUGUGCAAUGGCUGUCACAAAACUGGUCACAUGGAGCGGGUUUGUAAGUUGAACCCUGCUAGCAUUAUCAAGUGGCAGACUGUGUCUUCCCAACCUGAGUCCUCAUCAACGCCCAUGUCCUCACAUGGGUCUGUCCAAGCAAUGAAGAAUAUUCAAGCUCCUACGUAUCAAUAUGCAACCUGGGGUCCUCCUCCUCAAGGGUACUAUUGGCCACCAACUCACACAACGCCACCUAACUACCCAGUACCCCAUGCUCCUCCAAUCAUGCCCUAGAUUGGUGCUCCACCUGCACCAGCUUGUCAGAGCUUUUAUACCUUGCCUUCAUCAUCUACUACUGGACAUCUGGAUGUCAUGAUAGGUACUCUACCUGUCAACUCAGUUGAAGCUCUAGUACUAUUUGAUUCUGGUUACAGUUUCUCAUAUGUAUCGGUAGACUUUGCGAAUCGGGCAAACAUGUCUAGGCAAGAAAUUUCCCUACCAGUGAGGGUUAGUUCUCCAGGGGGACUCCUUUCUUGUAGCACUGUGUGUCCUGGCUAUGAUAUUUCUAUUGAGGAUGAAGAUUUCACUGCAAAUCUGUUCAUCCUUCCACUUCAGC